AUGAAUUGGGUAAAUGAGAGCAUCAUACAGGAGUUUAUUCUGCUGGGUUUCUCAGAUCGACCUUGGCUGGAGUUUCCACUCUUUGUGGUCUUCUUGAUUUCCUACAUCGUAACCAUCUUCGGCAAUCUGACCAUUAUUCUAGUGUCACACCUGGACUCCAAACUCCAUACCCCCAUGUAUUUUUUUCUUACCAAUCUAUCACUCCUGGAUCUUUGUUACACCACAUGUACAGUCCCACAAAUGCUAGUAAAUUUAUGCAGCAUCAGGAAAGUUAUCAGUUACGGUGGCUGUGUAGCCCAGCUUUUCAUAUUUCUGGCCUUGGGGGCUACUGAAUGUCUUCUCCUGGCCAUCAUGUCCUUUGAUAGGUUUGUAGCUAUUUGUCGGCCUCUCCAUUACUCAGUUAUCAUGCACCAGAGACUCUGCCUCCCGUUGGCAGCUGCAUCCUGGAUUACUGGUUUUGGUAACUCAGCGUGGUUGUCCACCCUGACUCUCCAGCUGCCACUCUGUGACCCCUAUGUGAUAGAUCACUUUCUCUGUGAAGUCCCUGCACUGCUCAUGUUAUCUUGUGUUGAGACAACAGCAAAUGAGGCUGAACUAUUCCUUGUCAGUGUGCUCUUCCAUCUAAUACCCCUGACACUCAUCCUUAUAUCAUAUGCUUUCAUUGUCCGAGCAGUGUUGAGGAUACAGUCUGGUGAAGGUCAACAAAAAGCAUUUGGGACAUGUGCUUCCCAUCUAAUUGUGGUGUCACUUUUUUAUGGUACAGCUAUCUCCGUGUACCUGCAACCACCUUCGCCCAGCUCCAAGGACCGAGGAAAGAUGGUUUCUCUCUUCUAUGGAAUCAUUGCACCCAUGCUGAAUCCCCUUAUAUAUACACUUAGGAACAAAGAGGUAAAGGAAGCCUUUAAAAGGUUGGUUGCAAGAGUCUUCUUAAUCAAGAAAUAAGAAAUAUGCAAAUCAUAAGCUUUGCUAAAGACAAAAUGUUUACUUAGCUUACUAACUUCUCUGCAAGUUGCCCUAUUUUUCUUGUUACUGUAAAGAACAAUUGUAAUCUCCCUCAAAUAAAAUGUCCUUGAUGAAGAACUAUA